CCCAAGCAGUUUUUGCCAAGAGCACUUGUGAAUCACUUGCAUCCCAAACAAGUUUUCUUACCCAUAGUUGUUGUGUUUGUGUAGACAUAGCAUACUUCAGCUGAAUCCAUGGCGAAAUGCUGGCUGCUGCUCCACUUCUUGGCGUUCCUCUUGCCGCCGGCGAGCGCUACGACGUGCCACGCCGAUGACCUCCGCGCGUUGCGGGGCUUCGCCGGGAACCUCAGUGGUGGUGGCGUGCUCCUACGCGCCAUGUGGUCUGGCGCCUCGUGCUGCGGCUGGGAAGGUGUCGGCUGUGAUGGCCAAAGUGGACGCGUCAUGGCGCUGUUGCUCCCCGGGCGUGGACUUGCGGGGCCCAUCGCAGGAGCAUCUUUGGCGGGCCUCGUGCAGCUGGAGGAGCUCAACCUAUCCAAUAACAAACUGAUCGGCACCGUCCCAUCGUGGAUUGGUGAGCUUGAUCACCUUUGCUAUUUGGAUCUCUCCGAUAAUUUAUUGGUUGGCAAGGUACCCAAAAAUUUGAUAAAUCUCAAGGGCCUCGCCACCACUGGUCGUUUAAUGGGUAUGGCUUUCACUAGCAUGCCAUUGCAUGUGAUGCGUAACAGAAGAAUACUCCAACAACAACGACCAAAUAUCAUUUCUGGGACCAACAACAAAGUCCGGUCUGGUAGAACCAAUGUUCUAUCCGGGAAUGACAACACUGUCAUAUUUGGAAACAGCAACACUGUCGCUGGGAGCAACAAUACCAUCACAACUGGGAGCGACAAUACCGUAACGGGUAGCAACCAUAUCGUAUCUGGGAGCAAACAUAUCGUAACUGACAACAACGAUGUUGUUUCCGGGAUUGACAAUAAUGUAUCCGGGAGCUUCCACACCGUAUCCGGGAGUCACAAUACUGUAUCCGGGAGCAACAAUACUGUAUCUGGAAGCAACCAUGUUGUGUCUGGGAGCAACAAAGUCGUGACAGGAGGUUAAUGAUUUGUCAAUCAGUGUAGCUCACAAUCAAUUGGCCGUGCCAAUUGUGUUAUGUAACUCCAUGGAUAUAGCAUCCUUUUCCUACUUUAAAUAAAAUUUCCAGAAAUUAUCUUGCA